AUGACACAUUACCGCCAGGCGUUGGAGCUAUCAAGCGCGGAGACAUUGCCUAGACCGACGCCCGGAAUCCCGCUCUUGGCGUUCCGCUCUACCAAUCACCACGCGGUGGCUAACUGUGACCGAACCGGCGCCGAGACCAGUCGUGUGCGUCAUUGCGGUCUCGGCGUUUUCCGCGAAAAGAACGCCAAGGUCGUCCGCUAUAUAGUCAAGUUUGGUUGGUGA